GCGGAGGGGGAGGAGGCGCCGGGCCGCCGCGGCCGCGGGGGGAGCAGCGCGAGCGGGGCGGCAGGGCCGCCGCCACCGGGAGAAAAUGAACCUAAAGUCUGAACGCAGAGGAAUUCAUGUGGAUCAGUCGGAGCUGCUGUGCAAGAAGGGCUGUGGUUACUAUGGCAAUCCUGCCUGGCAGGGAUUUUGCUCCAAGUGCUGGAGAGAGGAAUACCAUAAGGCCAGGCAGAAGCAGAUCCAAGAGGACUGGGAGCUGGCAGAGCGGCUUCAGCGUGAGGAGGAAGAAGCAUAUGCCAGCAGUCAGAGUACCCAAGGGGCCCAGUCGCUGACCUUUUCCAAAUUUGAAGAAAAGAAAACCAAUGAGAAAACAAGGAAGGUGACUACUGUGAAGAAGUUCUUCACUGCUUCUUCCAGAACAGGAGCUAAGAAGGUGGCUCAAGAGAAAAUCGUUAAGCAAGGACAGCUUGGGAGGGAGCGAAAUGCUGAUAACAUUCUCAGGGACUUGAAGGAAAUUUUUACUCCCUCCUGGGAACUGGCUUCCCCUACUGAAGUGUUGGCUGGCAAGUUGAAAGAGAUCCAGGAAGCCAAGGCUCCCAGCCCUUCUAUAAACAGGCAGGCUAGCAUUGAGACAGAUCGAGUAUCAAAGGAAUUCAUAGAAUUUCUCAAGACAUAUCAUAAACCUGGACAAGAUAUCUAUAAACAAUGUAAAUUAUUUUUGGAUGCAAUGAAUCAUAAAAGGGAUUUAAGUAUUGAGGAACAAUCUGAAUGUGCCCAAGACUUCUAUCAAAAUGUAGCGGAGAAAUUACAGACACGUUGGAAAGUGUCUCCGGAAAAAGUUGAGAAAGCGAUGGAUCAGAUUGAAAAAUACAUUAUGACUCGACAGUAUAAAUAUGUCUUUUGUCCUGAAACAACUGAUGAUGAGAAGAAGGAUCUUGCUGUCCAAAAGAGAAUCAGGGCUUUGCAUUGGGUAACUCCGCAAAUGCUGUGUGUUCCCGUCAAUGAAGAAAUUCCAGAAGUCUCUGAUAUGGUUGUAAAAGCAAUUACAGAUAUUAUUGAAAUGGAUUCAAAGCGUGUCCCUCGUGAUAAAUUAGCAUGCAUCACCAAGUGCAGCAAGCACAUAUUUAAUGCUAUUAAAAUCACAAAAAAUGAACCAGCUUCUGCUGAUGAUUUCCUUCCAACGCUUAUAUACAUUGUUUUGAAAGGAAACCCACCCCGCCUGCAGUCCAACAUCCAGUAUAUAACACGCUUCUGUAAUCCAAGCAGGUUAAUGACAGGAGAAGAUGGCUACUAUUUUACCAAUCUGUGCUGUGCUGUGGCCUUCAUUGAAAAGCUGGAUGCUCAGUCUUUAAAUCUGAGCCAAGAGGAUUUUGAUCGUUAUAUGUCUGGUCAGACAUCCCCGAAGAAGCAAGAAUCUGACAGUUGGUCGCCUGAUAUGUGCCUGGGUGUUAAGCAGAUGUAUAAAAACUUAGAUCUCCUGUCUCAGUUGAAUGAGAGACAGGAAAGAAUUGUCAGUGAAGCCAAGAAGCUUGAGAAAGACCUGAUAGAUUGGACUGAUGGAAUUACAAAGGAAGUCCAAGACAUUGUUGAGAAAUAUCCGUUAGAAAUAAAACCAAAAAAUCAAGCCUUAGCAGCUAUUGACUCUGAAAAUGUGGAGAAUGACAAGCUGCCCCCACCACUGCAGCCUCAAGUUUAUGCAGGAUAAUUACCAGUGUUAACUUUUAAAGGCAUCCUUAUCUUCACCUAGUACUAUCUGCUACUUGGAAAGGGAAGUAAAUUAAAGGAUAAAAAUCAAAUGAGUUUAAAUCAGUACAUUUUUAAAGGUACAUUUUUUGUUAAGUGUAAUAAAUUGUAUUUAUUUUAGUCAAAGUAGAUUUCUAUUAGACUUUUGUGGGUUUUUGAACUGUACUUAAAUUUUCUACACAAACCAGUGUAAUUUUUAAGCAACACUAGUCCGUUGACAUCUUUUUCCUGAAAGCUUUCUUCUAAGCAUGCACUUACAUGUUUUUAAUAAUUACUUUAACUUAAGAAAAUUUUGAGUUCUGCCAGAAACUUGAAAGGUACUGAUGUCAGUCUGAAUUUAUUCUGUAACUGUAAAGAUUAAAUAUAUAUUGUAAAAUAUGUAAAAUUGUAAAUAGGUUUAAAAUCUAAUGUCUCAACUGUGCAUGGCCUCUUGUGUAUUAGUGAAAAUUAUAUAGGAAAGUGUUAAUUAUAGCACCUCUCAGUUGAAUCCUUUUGCAGUAUAAAGGCAAGGAAACAGUUACUGUUUCAAUAAGCGAUGUGGUUUAACUGAUGAAUUGCAGUCAGAGGGUAUUCCUGUAAUGAUUUAAAAACUUCAUAUUUGUUAUCUUAAAUUUGCUCUUUAUAAACAGAAAGCACUACCCAAAAUAAGAUGUUUCUUCAUGUAAACAUUCUCUCUGCUUUGUCAGUCUACCUAAUAACCUUUCAGUGGUGCACGGAAGUGCUGAUCUUGCUUCUUUUGAAGAGAAUGUUAAGCCACGCUUCAGAAAUGAGAAGAAAUAUUUUAAAUAAAACUGCAUAAUGUGGAACAAAAAGGGAGGGGGGAAUAGUGCAAGAGUUGUGUAAAAAAGUGUCUGUCUCUUUUUUUUUUUUUUUUUUUUUUUUUCCUCCCUCCAUUAGUGGGCAAGGCCCUUGUUGCUUUUUUGGACAAUCCUGGUAGAUAAGUAAGUUUGUAUAAUUAGAAGCUACUUUUUAGUAGGAGCAUGAGCCAUUGCUCCAAGCAGAAAAAUGCAUUUUAUUUUCCUGAAAAUGUCACUCUUCUGACCUUUAGUGACCUCCUUUAGCAAAGGAAGUUACCUUGCCAAGUAUCGAGCAUCGAGGUAAAUACGGCUUUAUGGCACUAAAACUUCAGAUCACUGUGUAGAGUAUUUCAAGUUGAGAGUAAGAGCUCACUCUGCAAAAAGUAGCCUCUUGCAAUAGAACAUUUUUUUUUAUGCCAGUGAAGCAUUUUAUAUAUUAUUUUAACUCUCUUCCAGUUGAUCUAAUGUGCCAUGUCUUGUUUGUGUACCUGUGAUAUCUAACAUCUUCUAAAACAACUUAGCUUAAACAACUCUUAAGCAAUGUUAAGUUCUUACCAUCAAGGAGGAAAGUACCUACCUCUCUAUUAUGUUCCACUGCUUUAAAAACACUGAUACUUAAAUUUGCACUGCAAUAAUUUCAGACCAAAACUGUGAUUUGUCCCUUUUUGUCAAAGAUACUUAGCCUCAUGACCUAUGCAUUUUUAGUUUUUAGGAGAUACCUGGUUACAAAAUUCUCUUGAUGUAGUGAAGCAAUGAGUUAAUCAAUUAAUAGUAGGAAAUUAAAUUUAGUAUAUUCACAUGCUGCUGCUCCCAAACCGUUUAAGAUCUGACCCAUGCUUGUGGUAAAUAAUACUGCAAAGACUUUAUUUUCUUUACAAACUCUAGGUGCUAAUUCUGAUAUCCAGGUACACAGGUUUUCCUGAAAACAACAAAAAACCACAAACUUUUAGCUACUGUAUAAAUUGACAUGUUUAAAAUUGUGUAUGGUAUGCCCUCGUUAAUGAGUUCCUAAAAAUCUCGUUAAUGGGUUUUGUUAUGCUGUUAAUGAUUAAUAGGAACCUAAUUGUGACUAGUUCUGCAUUCCCUGUGUGUAAGGAGGAAGAAAUAUUAAUCAUUCAAGAGAAAGCCUAGGUAACAGAAUUUCUUUUUCUUUUCAGAAAAGAUCAUUGUAGUGAUUAAGUACUCAAGAAUGACCUGCUGAUGCAUUUGUUACUGAAGUAUCUCUAAUUCAUAUGCCAUCUUGUUGUCAAGCCCCUAAAGUGGGCAUAUUUGCAAACAAAUCCUGAGAAUUCCUGUAAGGCAGGUAAGAUGGAUUUCCAUACCCACCUAAAAUUUAGCAAGCAGGAGAGGAGAGUGGCUUGCUCAUAGCCUUAUUGCAGGCUGAGUACAUACCAAAUCUGUGAGCACCUCUUACGGGAAUUGCAUCCUAGCAUCUGGAUGGCUAGGACUGCUUUAAAACCCUGUCAAUGUUUUAUUAGACAAAUGACUUGCCUGUAGGUAAAACAGUAAAUAGUUUCGUUUUGCUCAAAAAUAAGGAGUUCAGUUGCCAUAGUAAUAACCUCCAAGUAUCUUACCAGUGUUUAAAAUUCAGAAUGGGCAAGUCAUUGCGCACAGCGAGCUGGGAGGUGCUGCUCGCCGAGCUGGGAGGAUGCCGUGUCAGUUCUUGGCUAACCAUGAGCUUAAAAAAAAACCCUCUAGUACCGAUCCCAACUGGUAUUGCUUACUCGCUCUGAGUGCUUGGUACAGGGCAUCACUGCACUAUGGAGAUGCUCUGGUCCCACAGACGUGAUUGGGAUAGGUACGCAGGGAACAAGAUGCAGCGAGGGGAAAAAGUUCCAAGUUACUAGGAUUGAAACAGUUGUUUGGGCUGUGCUAGAGUGGGAAUAGGAGCUGUGAGCAAGUUGUUAGUAAACUAGAGAGUGUAACAUAGGCUGUUGUGCUUUGGCAAGAGUCACAGCAUCAGAAAUUCUUCGGUUUUCUCAACAGUCUGCUAAUAAUUCAAUAUUACUGAAAAUGAAACUGUGGAGCUCAUUAAUAGUAAUCAGAAUUGUAAAUUACUUCUUUGCAUGUUAACUAUUUAUUUUGCUGUAGUGAAAAGCCUAUUUUACAGUAAGUACUGAUGAAUUAAACUGUACAACAUCUUUGGUUUCACUCAA